AUGUCGAUGCAGGAUGGGGUUAUGUACGUCGCGCCUGUGCCAGAGGGCUAUGUGCGUGAUCCGACUGCGGCACCACAAGUGACUGCGCUCAUGAUCGUGUCGGGCGUGAGCUUUGCCUUGGCCGUUCUUUCGACAAUUGCGCGGAUCUGGACGAGAGCGGCCGUCAUCCGCAUGGUCUCCCUAGACGAUUUGCUCAACUGGGGCCUCGGGAAGCACCUCUGGAACGUGCCCAUGACGCCCGACUUUUAUCCCAACUUUGCGCUCUCAAACGUGCUGGCGGCCAUCUUCUUCUGCCUCGCAACAGGCCUCGCCAAGGGCUCGAUCCUGCUCUUCUAUCUGCGCAUCUUCCCCUCGCGCAAGAUGAUCUGGACCGUCUGGGUCCUCUUUGGCUUCACCGUCGGCUACUCGCUCGCCUGCGCCCUCGUCAACGUCUUCAGCUGCAACCCGAUUGCUGGGUCGUGGGCGCUUGAGCACGCGGCCACGGCCGUCUGUAUCAACCGGCCCGUCUUCUACUUUGUGCAGGCGAGCCUGGGCAUCUUCACUGACAUCACGACCGUCGUGUGCCCGCUGCCCGUGCUCAAGACGCUGAGGCUGCCUCUGAAGCAGAAGAUUGGUGUUGCCGUGGUUCUGUCCAUGGGUGCCCUGGUCUGUAUCAUCAGCGUGAUUCGUCUGCACUCGCUCUACAUCCUGCUAAAGGAGACCGACCUCACAAUGAACACGGUCACGGCCCUCAUGUGGUGCGUCCUCGAACUCAACCUCAGCAUCUUCGGCGGCAACAUCCCGGCCGCCAAGCCGCUGCUGCAGCAGAUUUUCCCCAAGCUCUUCGGCACCUCGCGCCGCGACACCUCCAACGCCAUCUACCUGCACUCGUCCCACGGCGAGCGCUCGCAGACCAAGGGCAGCCGGGCCAUGGGCGGGUCGCACUUUGCGCCCGAUGCCAGCAUGCGCACGCAGACGCAUGUCGUGGGCGACAGCGGCAGCGAAGAGUACAUCAUGCAGGACCAGAAGAUUACCAAGACGGUUGAGUUCAGCUUUGACGUGCAGAGCGCGAGGGACUCGGACGCCGAUCUGCGGAGGUAG